AGUGUUUACAUACACGUACGGCCAUGAUCGCUCAGGUCAUUGUUGCGAUAGUUGUUGUGUAUUUUCUAUCUCGUGUGAUUCAUUAUGGACGACAGUACAGAUAUUGGAUUCAUCUCACCUCGAAAAUUACCCCAAUGGGAAAGCUGCAUCCCAUCUGGGGACAUUUUGUCUUGUUUGAAAACAUGCAAGGAUACUACAAGACAGUUUUGGAUACACAGGAGAGAACCAGAACAAAGCUCUUCCAUGGCUGGACAAUGUUCUUCUACCCCAGCUUUGGGGUGUGCCAUCCAGACACAGCUAAAAUACUCCUGAAGUCCUCAGAACCCAAACCCAGACACAGCGUGGGAGGAUCCUACCGAUUCCUCUUACCUUGGUUAGGCGAUGGUUUACUGCUGUCAGACGGGUGGAAAUGGGAAAGAAACCGUCGUCUGCUAACUCCCGCCUUUCAUUUUGACAUCCUCAGACCAUACGUUCAAAUCUACAACGAUGUUGCAGAUAUUUUCUUGGAAAAACUUCAAAAAGCUUGUGACUCUAAUCAGAGUAUAGAGAUUUAUAAACUGGUAUCAUUAGCCACUUUGGACACGAUGUUACGGUGCUCGCUCUCCUACAACGAACAUGUGCAGGAAAUGGGUGACAGUCAUCCAUACGUGGACCAGGUCAAUAGAUUGACGACUCUAGCCAUUAAGCGGAUGGUAACACCUUGGUUGUAUCCUGAUUUUAUGUAUGGAUUAACAGCCGAUGGCAGAGAGAACAAAAUGUUGACCGACAGUGUUCACCAAUUUGCAGAUGAAAUAAUUCAGUCCAGGAUGAAGGCAUUGCGACUUGAUCCGGAUCUGAUAAACAAACGUCGCAAGGAUUUCCUGGAUAUUCUGAUAACAGCCAGGGAUGAAAAUGGCAAGGGUCUCAGUCCAGAGGAAAUCCGGGCUGAAGUCGACACAUUUCUUUUCGAAGGACAUGAUACUACUGCGUCCGCCAUUAGCUGGGCAAUUUAUUCCUUAGCGAAAUAUCCAGAAAUACAGGAAAAUGUCCAUCAAGAGCUUAUAGAAAUUUUAGGCGGGCGACAGCAACUACAAUGGGAAGAUUUAAGUCGGUUGAAAUACAUGUCGAUGUUCCUACGAGAAGUCAUGAGGAUGCAUUCUCCUGUACCAGUAGUGAGUAGAUAUCUGACUAAGCCACUGUGUGUGGAGGGUUUGGAGAUCCCUGCCUACUUUGCUGUUGAUGUCGUAAUACAUGCAGUCAAUCAUCAUCCAGAUGUAUGGCCUGACCAUAUGGAAUUUAAACCGGAGAGAUUUGAAGACGAGGCUAAACUGUCACGUGAUCCUUUCAGCUACUUUCCAUUUUCUGCCGGUUCAAGGAACUGCAUUGGACAGAAUUUUGCUUUCAAUGAGCAAAAAGUUAUGAUUGGAUCAUUGCUUAAAAGAUUCAAAGUGAGCUUAGUGGAAGGACAUGUGUAUGAGGAAUUCCCGGAUGUAGUGAUGCGAUCAAAGCAUGGCAUCAAGAUAAAUUUAGAAGAAAGAAAGUAGCGACUACCUGUGCAACUAUUAGUGAAAGAGAUUAUACACUAGUUUAAAAGUACUAAGUUUAAUAAUUUACUGCAGGACUUUACGAAUAUUCAGUAGCAGGUAUAUGCAGACAUCCUCAUUGUGCGAUGACGGAUGACCCGAUCGGUUAAUCAGCAGGAUUCAAAUGAUAUAUUGUGAUUUCAGACGUUUUUUUUAAGAAAUCAAAUUCAAAAUAUGUUUCCUAGGUUUUCCUGAUUAAACUUCCGAGAUAUCCGAUGAUUUGAGAUAAUGAGGUUAAUAAAAUACAGAAAGAAAAAGUGGCUGAAACUAUCCAUGGUAUUCCAGAAAUCGAAGUUCGAGAUAACGAAGUAUCUAUUUAUUAUCUGAAAUAUGAAUAAAGGAAAGUAAUAAUGUUGAAAA